AUGGUGAGUACGUGGGAUGGAAAGGAAACCAACGGACUAAUUCAAGAUCUCCUACCUGCCAAUGCAGUUGAUGAAAACACCGUGUUAAUAUUGGCAAAUGCACCCUAUUUCAAAGGAUCUUGGGAGGAACAUCAAUUUGAACCAUCACUAACUAAGAUGUCAAAGUUCGAUCUCCUUGACGGAAAAGAAUCCGUACACGUUCCAUUCAUGUCAUCGAGGAAGGAACAAUAUAUACGUUGUCAUGAUAAACUGAAACUCCCUUACAAAAGGGAUGAGGAAAUCCUUCCAUCUUUUUCCAUGUACAUAAUUUUACCUGAGCAACGCAAUGGGCUCGGAGAACUUAUAGAAAAGGUGAGCUCUGAUCCUGCUGCCUUUCUGGAACAGUAUGUCCCAGUUUCUCAUCCAUUGGUUCCAACAGGAGAAUCCAAGAUUCCCAAGUUCAAAAUUUGUUUUGAUUUUAAAGCAAAACGUGUUCUACAGAAAGUAGGACUAGUUUUGCUUUUUAAUGCAUCUAACGCGGAGCUGACUGAGAUGGUGAACCUUGAUCUUGAGAAUAAGCUUAAUGUCGAUGAGGUUUAUCACAAGUGUUUUGUUGAAAUUGAUGAAGUUGGAACCGAAGCUUCUGCUUGCACAGCUUCUGUUUUGAUGGUAGAGGGGCGUCGUGCCAGGCGGGUCACUCCUCCCCCUCCAGUUGAUUUCGUAGCGGAUCAUCCAUUCAUGUUUCUGAUCCGAGAGGGGCUAAGUGGUGCAGUGUUGUUCCUGGGGCAUGUCCUUAAUCCUUCAUCAAACUAG